AUAUAUAUUAUUUUUUGAUUUAGUUAUAUAAUUUACAUAAUUAUGAAUAUACAUAUUCAUAACUCGAAACAUAAAUACAUAUUCGUACAUCUGAAAAUCAUCGACAAAGACACGUGGGUGUAUUUCACUUCAUAACUUUUUUUUUUAUUAUUAUGGAUUGUUAAUUAAUGUACAUAACAUUUGAUAAUAAUGGCACGUGGUAAAAGAUCAAUUCGCGGUGGGAAAAGGAAAUUUCACCGGUCCGAUGAUCGUCCGAAACCCAAAAAGAGUAAAUUUAACCUAAAAGAGGCUUCGUAUGUCAAAGAUCGUGACAUUAAAAAUAGGGAAAUCGAGAAACGUAGGCAAAUGUUGGAAGAAGAAAAGUUACAACAACGAGACAUAGAAAGCGACAAUUCUGGCGAUGAACAAGAGAAUCCAUUGCAAAACUUAUUAUCCUCUUUUGUAAACACAACUAGUUUACAAAUUACUGCUAUUGAAUCUAAUUCAGAAAGUGAUGAUUUUAGUGAUAAGGAUGACGUUGAGGAGAGUAAUGAAAUUAGAGACAAGCUAACAAUGGAAUCUAACAAUAUGGAUGAGGAGGCAGAUUUACCAAGUGAUAGUGAUGAAAUAAAAAUGAAAGACGCUGAUGAAGAAGAUCCUGAAACUACUCAAGAAGAUGCUGGUUAUUUGAAGGAUCCAUUCUCAAUUCAUCUUCAUGACGAUUUAAGCGAUAAACUUUAUGAAGCAGUUUCUAUUGUUCCACAAACUGUAGAAACACAAAAGAUAAUAUGGCCUGUUUUAGGCAAUCUUACAUGUCAAAUACCAAAAUUUUUAGAUGAUGCUAAAGACACAAUGAAAGAACCUAACGUUUCUGUUUUAGAAUAUAAACAGUUUGCUAAGUGUGGCACUGUUCCUCAAUUAAUUGAUAAUGUAAAUUGGGAUAAAUUAUAUGUUAAGUCUCAAAUUCAUGGCAAUCUUACUCAAGCAAAUUAUUCAAAUACAAAGGAUAAUGCGAAUACAACUCCAUCAUCUAUGACUCCUUUACAAAGGGAGCUAUUUUCAAUAAUAAAUAAUUAUCAAGAUUUAUACUAUCCUGAAAGGACUUUUUCUAAUGCGGAUCAAAUAAGAUUUGUGUACUGCUUACAUAUAAUUAAUCAUGUGUUGAAAACACGAACGAAGAUAUUGCACCAUAAUGCAAAGAUAACAAAAUCAAAAUGUGCAAACAUGACAGAAAUCCCAGAUGAAUAUAGAGAUCAAGGUUUAGUAAGACCAAAAAUUUUAAUAAUCGUUCCUUUUAAGCAUUCAUGUCUAAAAAUUGUUGAAUUAUUAAUAUCUAUUUUAAUUGGAGAAGAUAAAGGUGGUUCUGUAAUGAAUAAGACAAGAUUUAUGGAAGAUUUUAGUGGCAAUGAAUUAGCAAUGUCAAAAAAAAAUCCAAAACCUGAAGAUUAUGAAUUGACAUUUCAAGGAAAUACGGAUGAUACUUUUAAAAUAGGAAUUGCUAUUACGAAAAAGACUUUAAAAUUAUAUUCAGAGUUUUACUCCUCUGACAUAAUAAUUUCAUCUCUACUAGGUUUAAGAAUAUUAAUAGGUGCAGAAGGUGAAGCAGAUAGAGAUUAUGAUUUCUUAGCAUCAAUAGAAUUAUUGAUUCUUGAUCAAGCAGAAUUGUUUUUAAUGCAAAAUUGGGAUCAUAUGAUACAUAUAUUAAAUCAUUUGCAUUUACAACCAAAAGAUUCUCAUGGAACAGAUUUUUCUAGAGUAAGAAGUUGGUGUGUGAAUGGAUGGACUAAAUACUAUAGACAGACGUUAAUAUUUUCAAGCAUUCAUGUGCCUGAAAUUUAUGGAAUAUUUAAUAAGAAAUGUUACAAUUAUGCAGGGAAAGUAAAAAUAAUAAAUCCUAUUUCUCCUGGAUCUAUUUGUCAAGUAGCUGUACAAAUUCCACAAGUGUUUCACAGAUUUGACGCUUCAAGUCAUUCUCAAGCCUUGGAAUAUAGAAUGGAGUUCUUUAUAACAAAGAUACUUCCUCAGUAUAAAGAUAGAAUAAUGAAUCAUACAUUGAUUUUUAUACCAUCUUACUUUGAUUUUGUGAAAUUACGGAAUUAUUUUAAAAAAGAAGAAUAUAGUUUUGUGCAAAUUUGUGAAUAUUCUAAAGAUGCAAAAGUGGCAAGAGCAAGAGAUAUGUUCUUCCAUAGUGAUGCACAUUUUCUCCUAUAUUCAGAAAGAUUUCAUUUUUUCCGUAGAAUAAGAGUAAAAGGUAUAAGGCAUAUUAUAUUUUACGCACCACCAAUCUUUCCUCAGUUUUACGUAGAAAUGUGUAACUUAAUGCAGGAAGCUAAUCAAAAUCCACGUUCAGGUUCUGGAAGUAAUAUGACAAUUACUAUUUUAUAUUGUAAAUAUGAUAUUAUGCAGCUUUCUGCAAUUGUAGGAGCUGAAAGGGUAAAUAAAAUGUUUGGAUCAGAAAAAUCCAUCCACAUGCUUAUGACUGGUGAAUAGGAAAUAAAAAGUACGUCAAAUUCUUUUAUAUAAUAGCAUCGGUAUCGGAUGUUAUCGAUAUUGUGACUGUUAAUAUUAUUAAAUAUGUAAAAAUGUAUCAUUAACGUUUGUAGUUUGCAUUAUUAUUAACAGGAAACAUUUUUAUCUUCAUCGUUUUGUUUAAUUUCUUUAUUAUAUUACUAUACAAUUUUUAAAUGCAUUGAAAUAAAUACAAUCUUAAUUACAAUCAUCCAAA